AUGAAACAGCACGAAGAAUCUCGCCCUCAACAUUCUGCGCACCUUCCAACACCGAAUGCGGAUGGAUCCCGCCCUCAGCUGCUUGUGCCACAGUCAGACCCAGAUUCCGUACAAAACAACUUCAUUACAUCCUCAGCAACCGACGCUUUCGAUCCAAUUAAUAUUGACGAGAUGGAGCAUCCUCAGCUUUCUGGACAGUGUUUUCCUGGCCGGUCUCUCCAUAUGAUACAACACGCAGAAGGUACGGCGCGACACAACAUCCCGACCACAGACGAAACAUUCGACCACGCCCUGAAUACUACACCCUUGUCCCAAGCUUCAAGAGGCCCGGGCGAAACGGAAAUGUGGAACACUUUACCUGAAACUAGGCAAGAGAAGAGUGACAGUCGGUCAUGUCCUCCACAAUAUGGAAUGGGAGACGCCUGGGCGGAUACCCUACAGACAAGGGAGUGUUUCAUGACAGCUGGCAUGCAACUACCGCAAUACGGCAUUCCUGAUGCCUCUGCAGGUGGAUACUCGUUGGCAGACUCUGCUCUUAUCGCAGACUUACCACAGUACGGCGUUCCUGAUGCCUCCGCGGGUAUACUUUCUCUACCUCAUCCGAUGAACAGCCAUCGACAAGAACUUGCUCUCAUCACCGACAUGCAAAUACCGCACACUCUAUCAAGAAAAUUGAAGAAAACCAUUCAGAAACGAUGGAACGUAACCCUCGUCUAA